GCGUGUACUAGUGUAAAUUUCUAUAAAUUUAAUUCUCUUGCUUGCAUGUCUUUGUUGUCAGUUCAUUCUAGAUAAUGUUUGAUUGGCUGGUAAUUGAAGAUGCAAAGGGUUUUGCAGGUUCAACUUCAAAGAAGUGAUAAGCUUCUUUCUCUCUAUCAUACAUAUAUAUACAUUGCAUGCAUACAUAUGUAUACAUUUAUGUGUGUGUAUAUGUAUAUGUAUAUAUACUUAGUCCAACAAGUAGAUUGAUUAUUAAACCCUUGCACAUGGAGAACAUCAUCUCCUCCAACUAGUUGGAGAAUCAUGCACCUUUUACUCAAUGGCACAAUGCUGCUUUAUUCUUCUAAGCCUCACCCUUCUCUUUUCAUCAACUUUAGCUUAUAUUCCAAACCCCAAAGCCAACCUUGCACUUAGUGAUACAUAUCAUAACACCCACCUUAACCCUUUUUUCAUUCUCUUUUGUUGUUAAGCUCUAGUUAUAAUCAGCCUUCAUGCAUGCAAAACUGAUGAGUGGUAAUGGCCUCAAAUGCAAGGAAAAUGCUAAACUUUUGGAAGUGUGGAGGACUUUGUUUGUCCACUGAGAUUCAGAAAAUGAGAAGAUCAAGAUGUGUGGUUUGCCUCCAAGUUCACAAGAUUGAGACUUUGCCAUCAUCUAUGGAUGGCAGAGCUGUUGUUGUGGGGUGGAGGACUAAAUGGUGGAAGGGGGAACAAACUUUGCAUGUUUAUGUCUGUCAAGGCAUUGCUAGCUUUGAAGAGAUCUUCCUGCAUUGUGGAAAUGCCGAUGUUUCGUCUACCUCAAAGAGUGUCACUGUGUGGGUUUCUUUGGUUGAUGCUGUUGAUUGUGAUCUUGGUACCUUUCAUGUUGAUUUGAGUGAGUUAGCCAUUGUCGAGAAUUCAAACUCAGAGUUUGGUGGCAAAGCCUUCAGCUUUGAUCUUACAGGAGCUGGUCAUGGUGGUGUACUGAAACUGAGUUUGUUUUGUAGAAUCAUAGAAGAAGACGAUGAAGUUGAAGAAACAAUUGAACUUGAAGAUAAAAGGCGGAGCAAGAGCAAAUGUUUUUCAUGCCUACCUGAUCUAAAGAGCUACCGAAGCUGGUCGGCUUCCACUAGGAGAGUUCAAUCCUUCAAAUCCGACCCUGGUUUCAUCACCAUCGAGAACUCAGGGAGCCGCGAUCAAGUAGAUGAUGAUGAAGAUAGGGAGUUCAUAACAAUGGAGAAAGGGAGGAGUGAAGAGAAACCAUGUUUUCUGAUGGACAUCACUGGGGAGUUUGAUGUUGAGAAGGUUGAGGAUGAGUUCCUUAGGUUGUUGGAAGACAAGCAUUGGAAAAAAACAAGGGAUGGUGAUGAGAAGUUGAAGCUAAGUGUUGACUUGGAUUUGGAGACAUUGAUUCAAGAGGCAGAGUUGGAGUUGAUGAAAGCUUCACAAGUGUGGAAAAGUAAAACAGAGGCUGUUACUUUAGAGAAGGAAGAGUAUGAUGAACUUGUGAAUAGGUGGGUUUCUAAUGAGAAUGAAUACUCCAUUGGAUGCUCUGAGUUUGAUGCCUUUGGUAGCCCAAUCUAGAGAUAAAGAGGUGUGAAUUUCUCUUAUCUAUUUGCAUUGAGUAUUAAGUUAUUGUUAUGUAUUUUUAGUUUUAUUAAUUGUUAGAUGGUGAGAUGCAGUGAGGGUGAUUGAAAAUAAAUAGUUGCAUUGAGUGGGAGGCUAUUAGAAGAUUUAUUAUUUAUUUUGACGUAAUGUGGAUAAACCACGUGUUAGAUGUGUGCACAGGUAUGGAGUUACUAUUUUAACA